AUGAGGCUCACGACUACAGUGGCCUUGGGCCUCUCGGUGGCUGUCGAGGUCACUCUGGCUGCCAAGAUACCACAGGGGCCGAAGACGACAUGCCCGCCCGGCAGCUUCAAGAAGCUUUCGGCCCAAGCGUUUAUGGACGCCGCGACUCCCGGAUGGAAUCUCGGAAACACGCUUGACGCCGUUCCCGACGAAGGGUCUUGGAACAACCCCAUCUUCCAGGCCAAUGCUCUUGACGUAGUCAAAGCAGCUGGGUUCAAGUCUGUUCGGAUUCCUGUAACAUACUCCGACCACUUCCUUUCCCCCACCUCCCUCACAAACCACACCAUUUCUCCCCUUUGGCUCGACCGCGUCUCCUCCGUAAUCGACAUGGCCACCUCGCGCGGCCUGCUAGUAGUAACAAACAUGCACCACGACUCCUGGGCCUGGGCCGACGUCUCUUCCGCCUCCGGUAAAAACAUCACUCUCAUCCGCGAAAAGUUUUAUGCUGGCUGGCUGCAAAUCGCCACCCACCUCGCCUGCAAGCCAGCCACGGUAGCAUUUGAACCCAUCAACGAGCCACCUGGCUCGACAGCCGAAGAUGCGGAGCGGUUGAUGGGUCUUAACGAUCUGUUUAUUCAGGCCCUGCGGGAAAGCGGCAGGUGGAAUUCCCAGAGAGUGGUUACCCUGAGUGCGCUGAACAUGGGCGGGGCGGAUCGGUUACAAAAUGGAUGGUUCCGGGUGCCGGGGAAUAUGACGAAUCCGUGGGUUUUCCAGUUCCAUUACUACUCGCCUUACGACUUCAUUUUUCAGGCUUGGGGAAAGACGGUGUGGGGGAGUGAGAGUGAUAAAGCUGCCGUGGUGGCGGAUUUGGAAGCUGUUAGGGGAAAUCUGACGGCGGUUACAAGAGAUGCGAAGAUCCCGAUCUAUCUGGGCGAGUUUGAUGCGAGCCAGCUGAGUCUGGAGGCGGCGGCGAGGUGGCGGUGGUUUGACACCGUUGUCAGCGCCGCAAGGAGACUGAAUAUCGUGCCGGUGCUGUGGGAUAAUGGAUUGGAUAAUUUGCAGAGGGAGACGGGGCGGUGGAGGGAUGAAGUCGCGGUGGAGAUUAUUGUUAAUGCUGUUAAGGGGAGGAUGAAUUCGUUGCCGGAGAGCACGGUGGAUGGCGGCGCGACGACGCAGGAGAGCUCGGCGUAUGUGUUUAAUAAGGUUGGGGAGGAUGUCGGGGACGGAGGGAGGAACUUGUCGUUUGCGUUGAAUGGCAAUCGGUUCAAGGCGUUGAGUGUUGAUGGGGUGGCGCUUAAGGCUGGGAAGGAUUAUGCGGUCCAGGAGCAGGGGACGGAGAAGGGGACGGUUACGCUUAAGAAGGAGUUCUUGGGCAAGUAUCUUUCCAAGGACGCGGCGCCGGGGACCAAGGCGAAUAUCACGGUUACGUUCUCGGCUGGCGCGAAGAGUCAGGUGGAGAUCGUCCAGUGGGAUGUGCCGGUGCCGGCACAGACGAGCUCGUCGGCGAGCGCGGUGGCGGCAGGUGAUUUAUGGAUUCCGGUGGUCUGGAAGGGGCUGCAUCGGGUGGCGGCGGUGAAGAUGAUCAAGGCGGAUGGGUCGUAUUUGUUUGAUGACUGGACCAUGUGGUUGCCUGAGUUGCAAAAGGGCCGUGGAACGUAUGGAGGCCAGUGGGAUUUUGACUUCGACAAGCUUAUCAUCCGGAGGCAGACGCUGGAUGCCGUGAUUGCUUCAGGCCAAAGUGCCACGCUCACGUUCGAGUUCUAUCCGCGUGCGGCAGGGAACGGGAAUUACUUGAAUUAUACCCUGACAGUUUAA